AUGUCUUCGAAAGGUGGCUCCAUUUCUUCCACAGGCGAUGUCAUCAUUAGCUGUGAAGUAAAAAUGUGCGAAAUGUCUGGUUGGUUGUAUAAAUGGACAAAUUAUUUAAAAGGAUAUCGUCAGCGAUGGUUCGUCUUAGAUUCCGAAGCUGUCCUAAGCUACUAUAGAAAUCCAAGUGAAGUUGGACAAGCUUGUCGUGGAAGUAUCAAUCUUAAGGAAGCUAAUAUAUUAUCUGAUAAGGACACAAAUAGUUUUGUAAUUACUGCUCACUCUCAAAGCUAUCACUUAAAAACUCAAAAUGAUAUAGACCGUAACAACUGGAGAGCUGCCUUGGAGCGUCAAAGACUUAAAGCUAUUAAACAAGCGGAAAGUGAUGAGGAUGACGAUGCGCUGAUGUCAGCUGGUGAGUCGCGUGCUCAAUCUUUGAAAGGAGACCAUGAUCUGUUAUCCAAAAAGCUGCAUGAUUUGAAAAUCGUCUCAAAAGAUUUCGAAAAACAGGGGGAAGAUCUGGUCAAAUGUGUAAAUGAAGGAGAAUGCGAUAAGAAGAUACUCAUCGAUCGUGUUAGACAACUAAUGUCGAACGCUUACAAAGUUUCCCAGACGUCUAGCGAAUUCGUAGAUUUAUCUGAUCGUGGAUUCAAAAAGUUAGAAAAGAUAGUCACAUCAGGACAACGAGAAAGAAAAGCAUUGCAUGAACAGUUGGAAGAAUUGGCCAAACAACUUUCAAGUCUCGAACGAGCUGCCACUGUCAGCAGUAAUAACUACAAUCCUCCACUUUCUGCGUACAGUGACCAAGAAGACGAAUUCCAUGAUGCUGAAGAAGAAUUAAUCAUGAACGAGAGAAAGUUUAGUCGAAAUGAUAUGGAAAACAGCGAUCUUCGUGUUAUGAAGCCGUUCAUAAACACUCAAAAAGCAUCAACAUCUCCCCACCAACAAGUCUCUUUAUGUCGAAAAGCGGGGCCUGUUAAACAACGUAGAAAAAAGAUUCCUGAUCGACCGGAUUUGCCAAUCAAUUUGUGGUCCAUAAUGAAAAACUGUAUAGGAAAAGAUCUGUCCAAAAUUCCCAUGCCUGUUAACUUCAGUGAACCAUUAUCGGUUUUACAACGAGUAACAGAAGAUUUGGAAUAUGCUCAUCUUCUGGAGGAAGCUGCUCAAUUAGAUUCUCUUCAACAGCUAUGCUAUGUUGCGGCUUAUGCUGUGAGCAACUACUCUACUACAGGGAAUCGUACUAAUAAGCCAUUCAAUCCUUUACUUGGAGAGACUUAUGAAUGCGAUAGACUUGAUGAUUUAGGCUGGAGGAGCAUAUCUGAGCAGGUGUCACAUCAUCCUCCCGCCGCUGCCCAACAUGCUGAAGGGAAUGGCUGGGUUAUGUUUCAAGAUUUUGCAUUGACAAGUCGGUUUCGUGGAAAGUAUCUUUCCGUUAUUCCUGUGGGAAGCUGUCAUGUUCAUUUCCCUGGUUCUGGAGAUAAGUAUUCUUACAAAAAGAUAACCACAACGGUGCAUAAUAUUAUUGUGGGUAAGCUGUGGAUUGAUAAUCACGGCGAAAUGGAUAUCGUUAAUCACAGAACAGGAGAAAAAUGUAAUCUGAAGUUCAUUCCUUACUCAUACUUCAGUAAAGAAACGCCAAGAAAGAUUUAUGGAAUUGUACGCGAUGCUUCUGAUGAACCAAAAUAUGUUGUGCAAGGAACGUGGGAUAAGUACGUAGAAAUGGUGAAAGUUGUGCGGUGUACUGGCUCUGGAUCUAAGCAGAAGAUUGAGACUGAUGAAAACCCUCGACGCAUUUGGACGUGCCAUCCACCAUACCCUGGGGCAGACAAAAUGCAUAAUUUCACCAAAUUUGCUAUUGAGCUGAAUGAUCCCGAUGAUGAAGUAGCACCAACAGAUACAAGGUUCCGACCAGACCAACGAUUAAUGGAAAACGGAUUUUGGGAUGAGUCAAAUAAAAAGAAAUUGGAAGUCGAAGAAAAACAACGAGCAGUGCGAAGGAAACGGGAAGCAGAAAUAGAGAAGGCGAUGGUAGAAGGACGUGGAUACGAAGAGUAUACCCCAUUGUGGUUCACAAAAACACAAGAUGAACUAACGGGAGCCCUUAUUCAUAAGUUCAAAUAUGAUUAUUGGGAUUGCAAGGAGCGUCAUGAUUGGUCACGUUGCCCUAAUAUUUUCUGA